UAGAUUUUAUAGGAAAAACCAUAGGAAAACAUUUAUUUUAUUUAAACAUUCGCAUUGCAUUUUCAGACUUCAGUUCUUCAUUUAAGUUUCUUCAAUCUUUCAAGACAGUGGUAAAGAGCAUAUAGUAACGUAUGCGAAAAUGGGAAAGCCCGAACCUGCGCGCAAAUGUGUUAGUUAACGUUUUUCAUGGUGUAACAUUUCAGAACUUUAGUUUUGGUAAUAGCUCGACGACGACGUCGAAACCUUCAAAUUCAAACUUACGCGCAUGCUCUUCCACUAGAAUGAGUUCUAGAAAACAAGUCAAUGUGGCCAAAAGAAAAUGGUCCAAGAAAAAUAAAAAAAUAAAACAGCUGUUUGAACAUCUUCGCGAGAGCCACUCAGUUAUAGAUCUAGACGAGACUAAUAACACUGGAAAUAGGAAGCGGAAAUCAAGUUUGGUUGACUUGAGUGAAACUGUCAAGGUGAAGGUCAAAAAGGUGGAUCACAACUCAAGUGUUAUUGUCAUACACGACAAUGAUCAUUUGCCUAAUGCAACUCCACAGAAAAAGCCAAGUCCACUUCAUUGCUCUACACCUCUUGGCGGGAGACAGAGCACAAAUUUUAUAGAUUUAAAUGUGUCUGAAAUUAAAAAUGCGACAAACAACAAUGAUUUAUUAGAACACUUUAAUCGUGAAAUAUCAAAUUUAGCAUCAGACUUAAAAAGUGGGAUCCCUGUCAACAAACAGUAUAUAACAGUAGACCUCACCGGAGAGGUGCAGGGUACAAGUAAAGAUGUAAUCAAUGUCAAUGAUAGUGACUGCAUAUUAGUAUCGUCAAAUACAUCCGUGAGCUCGAGUAGGGACUCGCAACUAACAGUAAUAGAGAGACCCCAAAGUACAAUAUCCGAGGAGCGAACUAUUCGUAGGGUCGCUAAAGGUUUGAACGGCUUGAUAGCCAACCUGGACACUUCGUCCCAGGGCAAACUCCUAAAGAUGAUAACGCAGAACAUUUUCAGCGGCUGUAAUGUAGCUUUGGGUUUGAAAAAUAACCUUGAUAAUGAUAGGGUACCCCGCAUAGCAGAGACGCCCGAAGAUGUAUACAUCAAAGAGAUGUUCAAGGGUGACCGGCCCUCUAACAGCAGUGUUGGCAGCAACAUUUAUAACCCGGAGAAACAUGUAAAGAGGACUGGUCCUAGAACCAUAGUCAUAGAUGGCAGUAAUGUAGCAAUGGAGCACGGCAGAGGCAGAGAAUUCUCAGUAAAGGGCUUGAAGAUCUGUAUAGAUUACUUUGUGAACCGGGGCCACGAGGUCAGGGCGUUCGUGCCGAGGUUUAGAUGUAAAUUUGGCAAGAGUACCGAUCCUCGACUACUGGAUGCGAUGGAGCGGAGCGGCCUUGUUGUUUACACGCCGUCGCGCGAGGUGCAGGGCAAGACGAUCGCUUCCUACGACGACAGGUACAUAGUGCAGUACGCGGCGGCGGUGGACGGCGUGAUCGUGUCGGGCGACAACUACCGCGACGUGGCGCGCGAGCACCCGCGCUGGCGCGCCACCAUCGAGCGCAGGCUGCUGCCCUUCACGUGGGUGCAGGACAUCAUCAUGUUCCCCAGGGACCCGCUGGGGAGGAACGGACCCGCUCUAGAACACUUCCUCAGGCACGACAGCUAGCUGGCUAAUACGACCCGGUAGCUUCCUUAUUCAUCUAUACUAUGAAUUUUCUCAAAUGAUUUUUACGCCUGAGACCCUAAUCUGUUAGCGACAAUGUCCUUUAAAAAGCACCUAUAUGGUGGUGGUUUUAAGGUUCAAGUCUAUGUACAUCUAGCAUGUUUUGGUAAUGUAGGACGAUCGACCGCCUCGAUGUAGGCGAGCGCUCAUAUUAUUACAUAGAUUUGAACCUUAAAACCGAUAAGAUACGGUAGCUUUUUAAACGACGUUGUCGCUUUGACCCGCGCUCGAAACGGGAGAUGACCGCUCGCACAAAAGAAAUGAUGGCUUUUGUUUAACAGAUUAGGGUCUUGGGCGUAAAAAAUCAUUUGUGAAAAUUCAUACUAUAAGGCUAGGUUCACACAGCCUUAAUUUUUCCCGCAGGUAUACCGUAUACGGAAUUUUAUCGAAUACCGUAGUGACAGCAAAAUCUAGACUAGCCGACUUUUCGAGAGCUAGACGGCUUUCCCGCAUUUAUGCGAGCGUCAACGCUGUGAAAACGACUUUGAACGUUUCCUUACAAAUUUUACUGUCACUCCGGUAGUCGAUAAAAUCCCGUAUACGGUAUACGGGAGAAAUUAACGCCGUGUGAACCUAGCCUGAGGUCUCACGUUGGAUGCGGGGCCGUACGCCGCUCAAAUGUCAGCGGAACAUCACUAGGUAUAUAUAUGUAGUCAUAAUUAAUACAUAGUGGCGGCGAAAUAUUAGCGAGACAUCGCUAGGUAUAUAUCUACGCACAGCAUCAAAUAGAUUAAUAGAAUAGUAGCGGCCAAAGUGGCCAAAUACAUCGUAACAUACUCGUUAACAUAGAAAUAAGUGUUCCGAUAUGUUUGACCACUUUGGCCGUCACUAUUUAUUUCGUGCUGACUGGAAAAUUGCAUGGACACUUUAUAAAUGAAUUCAUUGACAAUGUGUCCAUGCAAUUUUGCAGCUUACUGUAAAUAAAGUAGCGGCGUCCGGAUCGGCAUCAAUGUGACACCCGCAUAUUCCCGUCCGCCUUGUCUUGUAUGAACGACGUCGGGCAGAUCAAAACGAAGCUACGUACAAAACCAAAAACCUCGUAUACUUUUAAGUCAUAUAACCGCUGUUUUUAUAUCCUAAAUAAUACAAUGAAAACUGAUCUGUCAUUUUAGUAUCAAGGAUAAAAGAAGAGAAUACAUAAAAUGUUAAAAGAUCUUGUGAAGAAAUUAGCGUGUCUUGCUCAAUAUUAAAAAUAGCUGAUUACACUUCUAUCUAAUUCUAAUAUAAUGUUAGGGGGCCUCAAACUUUAAAACUAUAUAUUUUUAUAAUUGGAACCCCAGGAUAAAAAGGUGUUUUUUUAAAACGUAUCGUAUAGAAUUUUUUUCUUUAUAAGUUUCUUAAUUAUACAAUGUUGAAUGUCCAAUGAUGUUUUAUAUCAAUUUUAAAAUUUCAUAAUUUAACCCCUUGAAGCCCAAAAUUUACAUCUUAGUCCCACGAACGAGACUAUAGCAAACGCGGUUUCAUACAAAUGUAUGAAAGGUCAAAAGCUCGUGGGACUUGGAGGUUUGUUACUUUGCCAAUACUUGGGACUCAAGGGGUUAAACCAAAUACCUAGAAAAAAAUCCUUGAGUUAAACGGUCAUAUACGUGACGUAUGAAUAAUACAGGACAUAGUUUAUCCGAGGCUGAAACGCUACUUUUUGUGUUUUAGCACUGAUCAAUGUUGAAAUAUUGUAAACUUUAUGGUAUUGACAUAAGGUUUAGUAUUCACUGCCACUGACCUGUGCUAA